AUGGCCACUCUUGCUUCGAAUUGGUAUCUUCGUGAGGUUGAGAGUGGAAAACUUGUGUUGCCUGACUACGAAACGAAUGAAGAUGAUGAGCUGAAGAUUUACUAUGGUGAACUCUUCUGUCGGGUCCCAGACUGCGUGAGAGCUCAGAAGAGAUAUACCGCGACGAAUAAUCUCCGUACCCAUUUGCUCACCCAUGACGGCAUCAAACUGGAAGAGGGCCUGGUUGGUGGACGUGUCACACAGAAGGAAAUGGAUAAAGCAAUCAAAUUCUACAAAAGUCUUUUCUCUGGUGCGGAACCCCAGAAGCCAGCAGAGGGUAGUGCUUCUAGCGCUCAAACUGCUAGUCCUUCUACUCCCACCCUGCCCAUGAAGAAGGACGGUACUGUUCAUGUGACUAAUAUGCGCAAGAAAGUUGUUGAGCUUGGGCAUAAGGUGCCUUGUGACUCUUGUGGAAAGCGCAAUGACUACUGCAAGGACGUGAACAAAUGUGAUUAUUUUAUUCUCUUUAAUUGUGGUUCAGUCUGCCCGACUCCUGCGUCUCAGGUGGACACAGAGGAUGAACUAGGUGCUGAGGCCUGA